GAUGGCGGGCAACAGCAAAAAUAUUUUGGUCAACUACUUCUAAUGAUAAAAUCCAAAAUUACAUUUUCAUCGAUUCAUUUGUUUUAAAACGAAACAUAAGAAAAUCAGAAUAUAUAUCGUCCAAAAUGUUUCACAAAGGAUCAAGAGAGAAGCCAAGAGGACUCGGUUUUGGUGGUUUUACUGUAAAUAGCAAACCAAAAGAACAAACUUUACAACCUUCGCCUGUUGCUUCUCAACGAGCAGUUAAACACAAAAUUUCUGGGAAGUCUCAAUCCAUGGCUUUUAAAAGACCUGCCAAUUUUGGUGAUGAAAGUGAAAGUGAAGAUGAAAAUUCUUAUUAUGGAGACAAAAGUAAAGUUUAUGAACCUGAACCCAUUUGUUCUACAAAUGAUAAUGAUGAUGAAGAAGAUGAACUGGAUAAAUUUAUGGCUGGAAUUGAGCAAGAAGUCGAGAGAGAGAAAAUUUUAUCAGCUACUCAACAGGACGAGAAAGCAAGCAAAAAAAGUCGAAGAGAUGAUAUUGAGGAUGAAGAUGAUCAAGAGUCGUUUUUCCGAAUUAUGAAAGAAGCUCCUCUUGAAUAUUAUCCUGAUGAAGAUGAAGAGAUUGAUUACGAUAGCGAUGGAAACCCCAUUGCUCCACCAAGAUCAAAGAUAAUUGAACCAUUACCUCCAAUUGAUCAUUCCGAAAUUGCGUACAAGAAGUUCUCAAAAAAUUUCUACGAGGAACAUGAUGAAAUCAAGAAUUUGACCCCGGAGGCUGUCAUCGAAUUACGAAAAAGUUUAGGCUUAAAAGUUUCUGGUGCUGAACCUCCACGACCUGCUGCAAGUUUUGCACAUUUCUGUUUUGAUGAGGCUCUUCUUACUGCAAUACGAAAAUCUGAGUAUACUAAACCUACUGCCAUUCAAAGCCAGGCAGUUCCAGCUGCGGUAAGUGGUCGUGAUAUCCUAGGUAUUGCUAAAACAGGCUCAGGUAAAACAGCGGCAUUUCUGUGGCCAAUGUUGGUCCAUAUAAUGGAUCAGAGAGAGAUGCAAGUCGGAGAUGGUCCUAUUGGUUUAAUUUGUGCACCAACACGGGAACUCUCACAGCAAAUUUAUCUUGAAGCGAAGAAGUUUGGUAAAGUUUAUAAUAUUCGCGUAGCAUGUGUAUUUGGUGGUGGAAACAAGUACGAACAAUCUAAAUCAUUGAAGGAAUAUCCUGAAAUUGUCGUAGCUACACCGGGACGUCUUAUUGAUCAUAUUAAAGACAAGACAACAAAUCUUGAACGUGUUACAUUUCUUGUUUUUGAUGAAGCUGACAGAAUGUUUGAUAUGGGCUUCGAGCCUCAGGUUCGCUCUAUUGCAAAUCACGUUCGUCCAGACCGACAAACUUUGCUUUUCAGUGCAACAUUUAAAAAGAAAGUUGAAUUACUUUGUCGUGAUAUUUUGACUGAUCCUGUUCGGAUUGUCGUUGGCGAAUUAGGAGAGGCCAACGAAGAUGUGACUCAAAUUGUACAGAUUUUUAAUGAUGGAGCCAAGAAGUGGCAGUGGCUUGUUGGAAAUCUUGUUCGAUUUACAUCUGAGGGCAGUGUGUUGAUUUUCGUGACCAAAAAGUUAAACAGCGAAGAACUAUCGCAAAAUCUCAAGAGAAACGACUUUGAGCUUUUAUUGAUUCAUGGUGAUAUGGACCAGUUUGAAAGAAACAAAGUAAUCACAUCUUUCAAGAAAAAAGAAUUUACCAUUCUUGUUGCUACUGAUGUUGCAGCUCGAGGUUUGGAUAUUCCUUCAAUAAAAACUGUUAUAAAUUAUGACGUUGCCCGGGACAUCACUACUCAUACGCACAGGAUUGGAAGAACUGGACGAGCAGGUGUAAAAGGUACUGCAUAUACAUUGAUGACACCCUCGGAACAAAAUUUUGCUGGUGAUCUUGUAAGAAAUCUUGAAAUAGCAAAUCAAUAUGUUUCUGAAGAACUUUUAGAGCUGGCGAUGAAGAACACGUGGUUUCGAAAAUCUAGAUAUCGAGGUGGUCAGGGUAAACGUGGGACAGGUGGUGUUAGAGAAAGACCAGGCUUAGGGGCACCUGAUGUCGGUGCAACUGCUGGUCCUAUGGCGUCUGCAAGAAAUUUGUCGUCAUAUUCGUCCACUGUAUCAGCGUCUGCUGGUUCAGGUCCCAGCAGCAGCAGGUUAAAUGCAUUAAAGGCUGCUUUUUCAUCUCAAUAUCGUAGUCAUUUCACUCCAUCAACAGAAAACAAUAAAUGGGAUGCGUCAAAGCAACAUUCUACUGUAAAUCCAUUGGAGGAUAACGCUUCCCUAAAUAAGGAAGAAAAACGAAAAUCGAAGAAAUCUAGAUGGAACUAAAAAAUAUAUAAAAUCCAUCAAUUUGUAAUAUAAUAUCUCGGCAGUUUUCUUGUUACCGUACGUGGACAGUAUAUAACAUGUAGUAGAAAUUUUUCUUUAAACUCUUCAUUGUUUAACCAAUUGAUCAGAUGACAUAAUAAUGCAAGGUUUAUCUGAGUGACAUGAUAUGAACAACCAUCGUUCGUUGCUGCGUUGUUUCAUUGUGAUUUUUGCCGGUUUUUCUCUUUAAUAAAGAAAAAUACUACUCUUAA